UAUACAAUUUGUUGUACGAUCAGCUGUGUUUUGAAAAUAUUUGUAAAACUUACUAACGAAAAAAUAAUUAACUCGAAUCGUGUAGUUUUUUAAUAACAAUGACUACGGCCGCAAGACCUACGUUCGAACCUGCUAGAGGUGGUCAAGGACGCGGCGAAAAAGAUCUAAGUGCAAUAUCAAAACAAUAUAGUAGCAGGGACUUACCAUCUCAUACGAAACUAAAAUACAGAGAACAUGGUCAAGGAACGACAGAGGAGUUGCGAAAUCGUGAUUUUCGCAAAGAAUUAGAAGAUCGUGAACGUGAACGUGAAAGAGAAAAAGACAAAAGUUCUAAUCGUCGCAUGAUAGAGCCUUCACGAGAAAUUUCUACGACCAGUGCGAAGAGGCAAAAAAUUGAUCAGGUUCCCACAGCAAGCUUAGAUGCGGAUGAUCCUCUAGACGAUGAUGAUUCAGAGUCGGAGAGCGAUGAAGAUGACACUGCUGCUCUUUUAGCAGAAUUGCAGCGCAUUAAGAAGGAAAGAGCAGCUGAGCAAGCCAAGAAGGAAAUGGAAAAACGGCAGGAAGAGGAACGAAUAAGAAUGGAAAACAUUCUCUCGGGGAAUCCUUUAUUAAACUAUUCCUCCCAGAGCGGACGCACGGAUAUGAAAGUCAGACGUCGAUGGGACGACGACGUUGUUUUCAAAAAUUGUGCUCGCUCCGAACCAAAGAAGAAACACGAUGUGUUCAUAAACGAUUCGUUAAGAAGCGAAUUUCAUCGAAAAUUUAUGGAGAAAUAUGUCAAGUGAAGAAUUCUUGUGAAAAUCAUAUUCUGUCUGUACAUAGUUUUAAGUUAGAUUUUAUCAUUUUUAAUUGUACAAGUUUGUCGUUGAAAAUCCGUACGAAAAUGUGACAUCUAAAAGUUUUAAAGGUCGGCUUGCUUGGGGGAUCGUGUUCCAUUAAAUCGUAUGUUAAUUCUGUCCGUUCGUGGUAUCGUAAGUGCGUUACUCAAUUACGCAAACAUUUUGUAAUUAAUGAUCAUUAAACAGAGACGUACGAAGCACCGUACCAAUUAAAUCGAACCCGUUGACGGGUCAUUGGCGAUCGCUGUCUGAAAUCUAAAAUAAUACCAACAAAAUAAUAAGUACCCCAUUGUGACCAUUGAAAAUUUCCUCUCUAGACGGGGAAAACUGGUGUUAAAAACAGGAAGGCGAACGAUCCGUGGUGUACUCUCGCGAUUCGCUUCGAGGAGGGCCCGUUCUAAUAACUUGACAAAGAAGUCGUUAAGUGCUCCGUAUGUAAAAAUAGGGGUAAAAAUAGUGGAACGACAGAAGGAAAGAGUAGGACAGAUGGAGUGGGGCGAGGCGGAUGGAGGUAGCCGUGUAUCGGUCCGACGGAGAUUGUUGUGUGUGCGUGUGUGCGUGCGGGGAGAGAGAAAGAGAGAGAGAGAGAGUGGCAAGCGUGCUGGAGUUUGUCCAGGCAUUGUAGGUACUUACGUGUUUCGGUAGUGGCGCGAUCCGGCUUCGGCGGUGGUGCUGGCGGCGGCAAGCGCGUGUAAACCGCUGGGUCAAGUAUAACCGGUCUCAGGAUCCCCGGAGCAGCUGGAGGCAGCAGGCAGUCUACCGGUGCGACGCGCAGCUGGUUAUCGCUGGUAGACUCCCUGGCACCGACCUGGCCAGAGAGAAACAGACAGAAAGAGAGAGAAAGAGAGAGAAAGAGAGAGACGACCGUUCACCGAGAUCGCCUCGAGAUGAUUUCUGGGAAGAGGUAUGUCGUACGUUACGGUACGACCGAUCGGUACUUCGCACGGCUAAAUUCGUCACCUAACCUCGUCGAUCCGGUCCGAUUUUUGUUGUAUCCUCGAAUUUAGUUCGAUGUGUGACCCUCUGUUCGCUUUAACAGAUACAGCGAAUGGAUGGUUUAAAAUAAAUAUUAUUUCGAGUUAAGUAGCUGUUUACAGAAAUUUAAUCGUCGAAUCCGUAACAUAAUCUCCGUUAUUCUCUGUUACAGCCCGUUCGCACGAGUCCCGGUCAUUUUAUCAAAUCGGUAAUAGCCGAAUGGAGCGUUCACACCAUUUUGCAUAUUCGUCGCAUGUUCGUGUCUCUAAUACAGUGCUUCCUAACCUUUUUUUUAUACUGCAACACGCUUAGGAAAGGCUACUUACACGGUACCCUUUUUAAAUUUCCAAUAUUAACAAUAAUAAUUUAGAACUAUAUUAAGAAAUUUUAUAUCAUCUUUCUUUCAUGUCAUCUUAUAGGAGUAGUAUCCUUUCGGAUUACGAGGAUUCCGUUCCCGCCUUAGAUAUCAGUAAUAUAUUCUUAUGAACUAUAUUAAAGUUACAUACAACUAU